GUUCAACACAGUGAAGCAAAGCGAGAAGAGUUUUCUCGGAGCAAAAUAAUAACAUAAUGCGGUCGUUGCCAUUGUUUUUGCGGAUGGCCGAGAGGCUGACAAGGAUGCCGAGCGUAUCCCCGUUUCAGGCCAUCUACCACGAACCGUUCAUGUGGCCGGCUCUAACGUUGCCCCGCCAAUGGCAACAGCUUGAACGCCAGCAGGAGCAAUAUUUGGCGCAAGCAGCAAGCAUUGGGAAACAGGGCUACCAGGUCAGCAUGGAUGUCAGUGAAUUCAAGCCCAACGAACUGACUGUCAAACUGGUGAACAACAGCGUCAUUGUUGAGGGUAAAUCGGAGCAGCAGGAAGAUGAUCAGGGCUCCUACACUUCUCGUCACUUUCUGCGCCGCUUUGCUCUGCCCGAGGGCUACGAGCCGGACAUGACCACAUCCAGCUUGAGCAGCGAUGGGGUGCUUACUAUCAAUGUGCCCAAUCCACCAGCUGUUGACGAAGCGCUGAAGGAACGUCUAGUGCCCAUACAGCAAACUGGCCCAGCGGAACUAAAUGUCAAACCGAAUCUGCCACUGGAUGCAGCGGCAGAGGAGCAAAAGGAAACAGCAAUAAAGCCCGACAAAGAUUAGAUGUUCCUUAUUAAGAAUUAAUAAAUGAUUGGCUUAGAUUUCCGCCUAUAUAUAAAUUAAAUUAAUUUAGCAAUAAUGAUCUGUUAAAAUUUGCCAGCACUACAAAUAAUAUCAACAGAACUAUU